GCAAUUUGUUCAUAAAUUGGUUAAUAAAGAUUUUGGUGUGGGUUAUGUGUAUGUGCUCAACUUUCCGGAUUCGUGGAUUGUCGUCUAGCCUUCCAAAAUGGAAGAGGCAGCAAUGGUUUGCAGCUACUUCUAAUAUGGUAUUCUAAAUAAAUAUUUUUUUAAAAAAAAUCGUAAAUUAUUUGGAAAAUCACUUUAAAACUUGGAAACUUUUUUUUUUUUUUUUUUUUUUAAGGCUUAGAAAUUUUGUUAUUAAUUCUAACACAGAGAGAGGCUCCACAAUGUUAAUGUCCAAUCUGAUUGUUGAGGUGCUAGGUUGUAUGGCACGUGGUGGAUUUUGUGCAGGUCUCUUCCAUUUAAUGAAACAAUGGGAACCCAUUACUUGAGGUUCACUAAAUGCCAAUUGGGUACCCAAUCCAUAUUUAUGGUAGCCAAAGUGGUACUUUUUCUUCAAUUGUUUCUCUCAGUGGAGAGGGUUUUGUGUUUGGAAACCCAAACGGGACAAAAAAGUGUCAGUCACAAAGAACACAUGUAGCGCUUGAAGCAAAAGCCCUCGUUCAGAAUAUGAAACAUCAUUAGAUCAAAACGAACAUACGAGCCAAAUGUGUAUUUAACUUCAUUCGAAUCCCAGGAAAAAGCGAAGAGGCAUUUUUUUUUUAAUAUACAGUCUCAAAACGAGAGAGACAGAGACGCAGACACAGAGACAUUGAUAAAGACACAGGGGAGAGUUUGUGGAGAGCAAGAGAAAGAGAGAUAGAUGUUGUGGGUGGUGAAUCAUCAGUCUGCAAAAUGGAAGAGAACGCGUAUAUGGGGAGGAGCAUUGCUGUGUUGGAUGUUUUUCAUGUUGGCCACCCCUAAGAUUCCUCACUCCCCCAAGCAUCACCAUUUCGCAGAUAUGCGCAAUUUCUUUGGAGUUCCUAACACGUUGAAUGUCGUCACUAAUUUCCCCUUUUUGGUUGUGGGUGUACUGGGAUUUGUUCUCUGUGUUCGAGGUGAUCUUUUCACUAUAAGUUUGCAAGGAGAAGUUUGGGGUUGGGCAUUAUUCUAUGCAGGAACUGCAUGGUUAGCUUAUGGUUCGGCUUAUUAUCAUUUGAAGCCUAGUGACAGUAGAGUAAUGUGGGACAGCUUUCCGAUGAUGGUCGCAUACUCCUCUCUUUUCUCUAGCUUCAUAGUAGAGAGAGUGGGGGAGAAGAUUGGGCUAAGCUGUCUGUUUGCACUUCUUUUUGGUGCUUUCCUCUCUACCGCUUAUGAAAGAACUUAUAAUGAUCUCAGGUUGUGCAUGAUGUUCCAGCUGAUCCCAUGCAUAGCAAUUCCCGGUAUGGCAUUUGUGUUCCGACCCAAAUAUACCCACUCAAAAUAUUGGCUUUGGGCAACAGGUGCAUACCUUCUAGCCAAAUUUGAAGCUGUUGCUGACAGGAAAAUGUACCAUGCAACUAAUUACAUUAUCAGUGGGCACUCAUUGCAGCAUUUAUGUUUAGCAGCAGUCCCUGCUCUGCUCAGUAUAAUGCUCAUGCGUAGAAACAUCAAACUUAAAGGAUUAGGAGACCUUAAGGAGCGUGUAUGAAGUAAGGUGAGAAAUGAUUGCAUUUUCAUAGUAGUGGCUGCAUGGUCGGUGGAUCCAAGAGAAUUCUCAGUUAAAGGCAAGUCCUUGGGCUUGGAGGUGAAGUAUGAUCUUUUGUUAUCAUCCAGUGCCAGGCGACUUACAACUGCUAUGAAGGAUUAGAAGAGUUCAUUAUUUUCGGGAUCAAUAAAAAAGUUUCCAAGGCAGAAGAAAAUAUGGGACCUUGAUCCACCCCAGUUUUGUAUAGCUUGGUGGCUUCUGGUCUGCAUUGUGUGCCCAAUCGAAAUCUCGCUGGACUAUGAGGAGAGACUUUUUCUGGCGUUUCUCCAUAAAUGAUAGAAUUCUUGCCCUGUUUGGUCGUGAACUAAAAAAUUGCCUUCCCUGUUUUAGAAACAAAAAUUGUUCUUUAAAUGAACAUUUGUGUUUCUAAAACCAGAAAACCAAUAUUUUUAUUUUAAAAAAAAAUUCAUUCAUGACCGAACAAGCUUCUUAGGCCCGAAUUUUUAACAGCGUAAUAACUGUCGGAUUGUAGAAAAUAGAUAAUUUGAUUGCACAGGCCCUUUUAAAGUGGGCUUGAUGACACAAAUUAGAGUUUCAUUUGUAAUUGGAGUCGUAUUUUUAACCAUUUGCCCUUUAUUAUAUAGUUUUUGUGAUGUAAAAGGCUGGUGAAAUUAAAUGCUUGAUCGGUGCCAUUGUUA